CAUAUAAGGGGCGGGCGGGCGGCGGCGCGGCGCGAGGAUGCUCCGCUCCACCAAGGGCGCCUCCAAGGCGCGGCGGGACCAGAUCAACGCCGAGAUCCGCGCCCUGCGCGACCUCCUGCCGCUGCCCGAGGGCGACCGGCCGCGCCUCUCCUACCUGCACGUCAUGGCCCUCGCCUGCAUCUACACCCGCAAGGGCGCCUGCCUCCGUCCCGGCCCGGCGCGGGGAGCACCCAUGGAGCUGCUGGGGGGACCGGAGCUGGCCGACCUGGUGGCGUCACUGCCCGGCUUCCUGCUGGCCGUCACCCGUGAGGGGAAGCUGGUCGGCGUCACCGACAACGUCGCGCAGCACCUGGGGCACUCCAUGGUAGACCUGGUGGCACAGGGUGACAGCAUCUACGACCUGCUGGAUCCCGCCGACCACCCCCUGGUGCGACAUCAGCUCACCCUGCCCGGGCCCCCCCAGGCAGAGCGCCUCUUCCGCUGCCGUUUCACCACCUCGCGGGCCUCGCGCCGUCCCAGCGCCGGGCGGAAGCUGGUGCUGUUGCGGGGCCGGUUCCAGGCCCCCCCCGGCCCCCCCGGGGCUCCCCCGGGACUUUUCGUCGCCUUCUGUGCCCCCCUGGACCCCCCACCCUGGCCCUGCCCCGACUGCCUGCUGCUGCCUGCCUUCCAGAGCCGCCAUGCCCGUGACCUUGCCCUGCUCGACAUCUCCGACAGCGUCCUGAUCCACCUGGGCUACGGGCGUGGGGAGCUCCUGGGUCGCUCCUGGUACCGGCUCCUGCACCCCGAGGACCUCGGCCACGUCGCCCGCCAGCACCUCCGCCUCGCCGGAGCAGGGGCAGAGGCGCGGGGGGAGCUGGUGACGCGGCUGCAGCGCAAGGACGGCCUGGGCUGGACGUGGGUCUACGCCCGACUGCGCCCCGAGGGCCCGGCCCUGCUCGCCCACAACUUCGUCAUCAGUGAAGCUGAAGCCUGGUGCCUGCGGCAGCAGCUGGCAGCUGAGGCCCCCCCAGGGCCCCCCGAGCCCUUCGGCCCAAGCCUUGACUUCCCCGGUGCUGCCAUCGGAGCUGGUGGGGACCUUGGUGUUGGCGCCGACCCCAGCAUUGGCCUCGGUGUUGGCCCCGGCAUUGGAUCCGGCGUUGACCUCGGUGUUGGAUCUGGGCUUGGAGAUGACAUUGGAGCUAAUGUUGGCGUCAACGUUGGCCUUGGCCUUGGGGUCAACGUUGGGUGUGGCCUCGGAGCCGAUGUUGGACAUGGUCUUGGAGCUGGCCUUGGGGCCAGCGUUGACCCUGCUGUCGGAGCUGGUGUUGGACCUGGUCUUGGAGCCAACAUGGGACCUGGUCUUGAUGCCAACAUGGGACCUGGUCUCGGAGCUGCCAUCGGACACGGUCUUGGAGGCAACGUUGGGGCCAACAUUGACCCUGGUCUUGGAGCCGGCGUUGGAGCAAAUGUUGGACGUGGCCUUGGAGACGGUGUUGGACACGGUCUUGGCUCUGAUGUCAGCGCUGGAGUUGGCAUUGGCGUGGGAGCUGGCAUCAGAGUCGACGUUGGCCUCGGCGUGGCAGCUGGCACCGGCGCCGAUGUUGGCCCCAACCUUGGGGCUGAUAUUGGAGCUGCUCUUGGAGCUGGCGCCGGAGAUGAUGUUGGAGCUGGUCUCCAAGCCAAUGGUGGAGCAGACACUGGCCCCAGUCUCGGAGCCGGCGUUGCGCUCAGUGUCGGGGCCAACAUUGGGCCUGGUCUUGGUGGCGGUGUCAGAGCCAGCGUUGGGCUCGGCAUUGGGGCUGUUGGUCCUGCUCUUCCAUCUGAUGUCGGCGCUGGCGUGGGACUCACCGUCGGUGCCAGCGUUGGAGCCAAUAUAGGUGCUGGAGUCAGCGCUGGUGUUGGACUUGGCCUCGGAGCCAAUAUUGGAGCCAAUGUUGGCCCCAGUCUUGGAUCCACUGUUGGACUUGGCGUUGGAGCUGCUCUUGGAGCCAAUGUUGGCUCUGCUCUUUCAUCUGGUGUUGGACCUGGCGUUGGACUUGCCGUUGGAGCUGCCGUUGGAGCCAACGUUGGCUCUGGUCUCGGAUCCAGUGUUGGACUUGCCGUUGGAGCCGGUGUUGGAGCCAAUGUCGGCUCUGGUCUUGGAUCUGGUGUUGGACUUGCUGUUGGAGCCGGCGUUGGAGCCAACGUUGGCCCUUCUCUUGGAUCCGGUGUUGGACUUGCCAUUGGAGCCGGAGUUGGAGCCAAUGUUGGUGCUGCUCUUGGAUCCGACGUUGAUGUUGGCGUUGGACUUGGUGUUGGAGCCAACGUUGGCACCGCUCUUACAUCAGAUGUUGGAUCGGGUGUUGGACUUGGCAUUGGAGCUGCUGUUGGAGCCAACAUUGGUGCUGGCGUUGGCUCUGGUCUUGGAUCCAGCGUUGGACUUGGCCUCGGAGCCAAUGUUGGCUCCAACAUUGGCUCCGCUCCUGGAUCUGAUGUUGGCGCCGGCAUUGGACUUGCAGUUGGAGCUGGUGUUGGAGGCAGCAGUGGCUCCGGUCUUGGAUCUGCCCUUGGAUUUGCUGUUGGAGCUGCACUCGGAGCCAACGUUGGCUCCGGGCUUGGACCUGAUGUUGGCACCACUGUUGGACUCAGCCUUGGAGCCAACAUUGGAGCCAACGUUGACUCUGCUCUUGGAACCAGCAUUGACACCGGCAUUGGACUUGGUGCUGGAGCCAACGUUGGAUCCGGCGUUGUACUUGGUGCUGGAGCUGCCGUUGGAGCCAACGCUGGCUCUGCUCUUGGAUCCACCAUUGGCCUUGGCCUUGGAGCCAGCGUUGACCCCGCUCUUGGAUCUGGUGUUGGCCUCGGUGUUGGAGCCGCCAUUGGAGCCAACGUCGGCACCGCCCUUGGCACCGGACUUGGCCUUGGAGCCAACCUCGCCGCCGGCGUUGGCUCUUCCCUGGGCCCCGCCAUCGGUCCUACCCUCGGAGCCGUCGGCGGAGCCAAUGCCGGCGUAGGCUUGGCUGCGGGCGCCCGCCUCGCACCAGGCCUGGGGAUCCCCGAGGUGCCGGGGGGAUCCACCGAGACCUGGACGCCCCCGUACACCCCCCGGCAAGCCCCGCCCUUCGCCUUCGGCCCCCUGGAGCCCCCCGAGGCAGCACCCGAAAAGUUACCGCCGAGUCCCGAGAGUCCCGGGGGGAUCCCGGGUGGGACCCCCGGCUCCCUCCUCACCCCCGAGACGUCACCGCCGCCACCCCCGUCGGCCCCGCCCGGCCCCGCCUUGCGUCGCCUACUGCAGGGAUUGGCCGCCGCCGCCGUCGUCAACCGCGGGGGAGCCAGGCGUUCGGGGGGUACCCCCAGCCCCCGCCCGCCCCCCCCCGCCCCGGUCGCCCCGCGACCCCUUCGCUGAGUUGUAUCAACUCCCCCAGAGCCGCCUCCAGGACGCCUUCCGCCAAGCCGGAAGCCAGCGCGCCCCGUCGUUCUGAACUAAGUCUGUGACGCGACUUGCCCCCAGUAUGGCAUAUUGUCAUUGUCACCCCGGCCCGGUGCCACCGUCCCCCCGGCCCCGGCCGUGUCCCCUCCCCCCACCGCCCCCCCCCGGGGCCUUUCGUGCUAAUUUAACUCGUAACGAGUCUCUAAGGUAAUUGGGGGGGGGCUGGUGGCCCCCCCCUCCCCCAGCCCGGACGCCUGGGUCCCGUCCCCCGUGUCCCCAUCCCCACCCCCACUCCGGGAC